GGUCUUUCAAAGCACCUGAGUGUGUUUCCUCAUUGAUGCAUGCAUGCAUGCUUUUGACGUGUACAGAGCAGGACAGCACAAAUGCACGCCAUCAUAAGGUUUGCGAGCGCGCGCCACUGACAGUGCAUUUGUAAUCAAAGGUUAAGACAUCGCGCGAGCAUGGCGUACGGCUCUCAGACUCUGAGCAAAGAUGAUGUGAACUACAGAAUGCAUUUCCGCAUGAUCAACGAGCAGCAAGUGGAGGAUAUCACCAUCGACUUCUUCUACAAGCCGCACACGAUCACAUUACUCACGUGCACCGUGCUCAGUCUGAUGUAUUUUGCGUUCACGCGAGAUGAUGGUAACCCUGAUAAUAACCUGUGGGUGGGACUGAUCCUAGUCAUCUCCUUCUUCCUGGUCAUCAGUGUCCUCGCCUUCCCCAACGGCCCGUUCACGAGACCGCAUCCAGCAAUAUGGCGAAUUGUGUUCGGACUGAGCGUGAUGUACUUCCUGUUCCUCGUCUUCAUCAUCUUCCUGAACUGGGAGCAGGUGAAGGCGCUCAUGUACUGGCUUGAUCCAAAUCUGCGUUAUGCCAAAAGAGAAGCUGAUAUCAUGGAGUAUGCAGUGAACUGUCACGUGAUCACAUGGGAGCGAAUCCUCAGUCACUUUGACAUCUUCGCCUUCAGCCAUUUCUGGGGUUGGGGAAUGAAAGCUCUUCUCAUCCGCAGCUACGGCCUCUGCUGGACCAUCAGCAUCACGUGGGAGCUCACGGAAUUGUUUUUCAUGCAUCUUCUUCCUAAUUUCGCGGAGUGUUGGUGGGAUCAAGUGAUCCUGGAUAUUUUACUAUGUAAUGGCGGGGGAAUCUGGCUGGGAAUGACCGUCUGCCGAUUCCUCGAGAUGCGCACGUAUCACUGGGGCAGUAUCAAAGACAUUCACAGCACCACAGGGAAGAUCAAACGUGCCGUUCUGCAGUUCACUCCGGCUAGGUGGACAUAUGUGCGAUGGUUCGAUCCAAAGUCUUCUUUCCAGAGAGUCACAGGAAUUUAUCUGUUCAUGAUCAUCUGGCAGCUGACCGAGUUGAACACAUUCUUCCUGAAACACAUCUUUGUGUUCCCAGCAUGCCAUGCUCUCAGCUGGUGCAGGAUCCUCUUCAUUGGAAUCAUCACGGCGCCAACUGUGCGGCAGUAUUAUGCGUAUCUUACGGAUACACAGUGCAAGCGGGUCGGGACGCAAUGCUGGGUGUUUGGGGCAAUUGCAUUCCUGGAGGCACUGGCCUGUAUUAAAUUCGGACAGGACUUGUUUUCCAAGACGCAGGUCCUCUAUGUGAUUUUAUGGCUUCUGUGUUUGGCUUUCAUCACAUUCCUCUGUCUCUAUGGGAUGGUCUGGUAUGCCGAGAACUAUGGACCCAGAGAGAAGACCUUCUCGGAGAGUGAAGACAGUGUUUACUCUGAGAUGGCAGCUGACAGCGUGUCUGAAUGCAAAGGGGAGUUUGAGAUAGGCAGCACAACUUCCCCUUCUAGACGGAAAGGGCAGGACUCUGGAAACGCCAAACCCAUCAACGGCAUGGAGAAAUAAAAUAUUUACAGCAACUUCAACAGGUGAAAGAGGAGAAAACUUUUGCACAUUUUAAUCACUCCUGUCAAUGGAGGGAACGUCACAUGACUAUCUAAAGAGGAUGAGAUGGUCUCAGGUUUGGUCCAAACAUUUCAAACAAAACGGAGCGGUCUGGAAUACCGUCUGCUCUGUGAUGGCUGAAAGAUCCUUUGAAAAGGCAAUAGUGUUCAGAAAAUGAGCUCGUUUUAACUGUUAACAACUGCACAGACUGAUUAACACAUUUAAUAUUAGUUGUGUUUUUAGUAGCAUGUGUAAAUCAUACGUGUUUGCUACUAACAGUACUGUGUUCACAGAAUUUUACGUCACAGAUUUUUUCAACCGUGUGUUAUAUGCAAAUGAUUUCAAAUUAAGCCACUGAUAUAAACAUUUUCUAUAAAUGUUCUCUAUGGAUUCUAAUACCUGAUGACAUUGUUUCAAGUCAACACGAAAUGAAAAUGAACUCUUGUUUACUUCCAUAUGAUGCAUGGUAUUGUAAAUCAAAAUAAAAUGCUUUUCUUUGUAAUAUUUUACCAAAUUGUAUUACUCUGCUCUCUAGAAUAAUCUAUCCUGAUUGGUCUCCAUUCUGGUAUGUAACACCCACUUUCACGAUCCAGUCCAUUCCAAACCUCCACUGGUAAAACAUACUAUAAAAUACAGUAAAACAUUUAGGAUUUAUACAUUACUUGCAAAACGUUGUAUUUUGUCCGAAUACGCGGCUACUUUUGAAUGGUCGUCAAAGGAGAAAAAUGCUUUUUGCCCCCAUAAUGACAUCUAACUAGACCACACUAAUCAACCAAACCUUAUGCGUACAAAGUAAAACGGGUUGCAAACAUCUUUUCAUGUUGACUUGAAACUACGGAGCCCCUUAAGGGACAGGGAGGGAAUUUAUGUUGUGAAAUAGUUUUGCGUUUCCUCGCAAUUAUUUUGGGUUCUGUAACGAUAGCUUUAUUCAUGGUUAACUGUGAAUUUUUUAAACCAUAGUAAAAAUUUAGUAAAACUGUGGUAGAUUUUUACUAUGAUUUUACUACAAAAACCAUAGUUCAACUGAUUUUCGUAGUAAAACGAUAGUAAAAAUGUAACAGUUUUACUACAGUAACUGAAUUUUACCAUUUAUAUUUAUAGUAAAACCAUAGUAACAACACAGACAAAAACUAAACUAGUACAAUCAUUGGCCAAAAAACAUGGUUACUACAUACUUACUAUAGUAAAACCAUGAAUAGUUUGUUGCAAGUACAUUUUCAGCAAAACAAAACAAAACUCGUCCUUAUGAAAAUUAACCGUGGUUUUACUACAGUAACCAUAGUUGAACUCUGGAUACUGUUGUAAAACUGUGAUAAAUGUUUUAGUUACUACAUGGUUACUACAGUUUUACUAUACUUGUGCCAUGAUUAGUUUGUUACAGGUAUGUUUCCAGCAAAAAGAAGAAAUAAAAAUUUCCUUAUGGAAAUUAACCAAGGUUUUACUACCAUGGUAAAUGCUGUGGUUGUUAUGGUUUUACUGCACACCGUAGUUCAACUGUGAUUUUCUUUUUCUUUUUUUUUUUUUAGUAAAACCAUAGUAAAACUUUUACAAUUUUACUACAGUAACUGAAUUUCACCAUGAUAUUCAUAGUAAAACCAAAGUAAUAAUACAGAAAACAACAAAACUAGUAUAGUCAUUUGUCCAAAACACAUGGGUACUACAGUUUUACUAUAGUAACUGUAUUUUAAACAUGAUAUUCAUAGUAAACAUAGUAAAAAUACAGAAAAAACAAAACUAGUAUAAUCAUUCUGCCAAAACACAUGGGUACUACAGUUUUACUAUAGUUGCACCAUGAUUAGUUUGUUACAAAUACGUUUCCAACCAAAAAACCACGUCCUUAUAAAAAUGAACCAUAGUUUUACAACAGUUACCAUAGUUGAAUUCUGGUUACUGUAGUAAAACCUUGAUAAAUGUUGUGGUGAUUAUGGUUUUACUACAAAUACCGUAGUUCAACUGUUUUUUUGUUUUGUUUUUUUUUAGUAAACCCAUAGUAACAUUUUCCACAGUUUUACUAUAGUAACUGUAUUUUAAACAUGAUAUUCAGAGUAAAACCAUAGUAAAAAUACAGAAAAAACAAAACUAGUAUAAUCAUUCUGUCAAAACACAUGGGUACUACAGUUUUACGUUUCCAGUAAAACGUUUUAAAAAAAACAUGUCCUUAUAAAAAUUAACUAAGGUUUUACUACCAUGGUAAAUAUUGUGGUUGUUAUGGUUUUACUAUAAAUACCAUUGUUCAACUGUUAUUUAUUUUUUAUUUUUUUGUAAAACCAUAGUAAAAAUUUCACAGUUUUACUAUAGUAACCAAAUUUUAAACAUGAUAUUAAAGUAAAACCAUAGUAAAAAUACAGAAAAAACAAAACUAGUAUAAUCAUUCUGUCAAAACACAUGGGUACUACAGUUUUACGUUUCCAGUAAAACGUUUUAAAAAAACAUGUCCUUAUAAAAAUUAACCAAGGUUUUACUACCGUGGUAAAUAUUGUGGUUGUUAUGGUUUUACUAUAAAUACCAUUGUUCAACUGUUAUUUAUUUUUUAUUUUUUUGUAAAACCAUAGUAAAAAUUUCAGUUUUACUAUAGUAACUGUAUUUUAAACAUGAUAUUCAAAGUAAAACCAUAGUAAAAAUACAGAAAAAACAAAACUAGUAUAAUCAUUCUGUCAAAACACAUGGGUACUACAGUUUUACUAUAGUUGCACCAUGAUUAGUUUGUUACAAAUACGUUUCCAACCAAAAAACCACGUCCUUAUAAAAAUGAACCAUAGUUUUACAACAGUUACCAUAGUUGAACUCUGGUUACUGUAGUAAAACAGUGAUAAAUGUUGUGGUUACUAUGGUUUUACUACAGAUACCGUAGUUCACCUGUGAUUUUUGUUUUUUAAUUUUUAUUUUUUUAAUUUUUUUAGUAAACCCAUAGUAACAUUUUCGACAGUUUUACUAUAGUAACUGUAUUUUAAACAUGAUAUUCAAAGUAAAACCAUAGUAAAAAUACAGAAAACAACAAAACUAGUAUAGUCAUUCUGUCAAAACACAUGGGUACUAUAGUUUUACUAUAGUUGCACCAUGAUUAGUUUGUUACAAAUACGUUUCCAGUCAAAUGUUUUUAAAAAACACGUCCUUAUAAAAAUUAACCAUAGUUUUACAACAGUUACCAUAGUUGAAUUCUGGUUACUGUAGUAAAACCUUGAUAAAUGUUGUGGUUAUUAUGGUUUACUACAAAUACCGUAAUUCAACUGUUUUUUGUUUUGUUUUUUUUUAGUAAACCCAUAGUAACAUUUUCCACAGUUUUACUAUAGUAACUGUAUUUUAAACAUGAUAUUCAUAGUAAAACAUAGUAAAAAUACAGAAAAAACAAAACUAGUAUAAUCAUUCUGUCAAAACACAUGGGUACUACAGUUUUACUAUAGUUGCACCAUGAUUAGUUUGUUACAAAUACGUUUCCAGUAAAACGUAAAAAAAAAAAAACAUGCCCUCAUGAAAAUUAACCAAGGUUUUACUACCGUGGUAAAUAUUGUGGUUAUUAUGGUUUUACUAUAAAUACCAUAGUUAAACUGUGAUUUUAAAAAUUGAACACUUUUACUACACUAACUGAAUUUUACCAUGAUAUUCAUAGUAAAACCAUAGUAAUAAUACUGGGGGGGAAACAGAACUAGUAUAAUCAUUCAUCCAAAAACCAUGGUUACUAAACUUUUACUAUAGUAACACCAUGAUUAGUUUGUUAGAAGUACGUUUCCAGUAGAAGAAAUUAAAAACAUGUCUUUACAAAAAUUUGCCAUGGUUUCACUAUAGUUAAUCUGUUAUAACCAUGGAUGUAGUAACCAUUCUUUUGUAAGAAUCAUGGUUUUACCACAAAUUAAUCAUGAUUUUACUAUAGUAAAACAAGUAACCUUGUUUUUUGUGGGGCCCGAAUGAUUGAUUUUUAUUUCCAUAGUUGGGUUUGCCUGUGAUAAAAAUAUUAUUACUGUCUUAAAACCAUGGUAAAUUUAGUGAUUACUAUAAAUUUACUACAAAUACCAUAGUUCAGCUAUAGUAAAACCAUGGUUAAUUUUUUAAGGGAUAGGUAAUACUGUUGCAAGGGAAAACUAUUUCAGAAAAUAAAUUCCCUUUCCUCUAAAGGGGCUCCGUAUUUAACAUGUUUCUAUGGAAAGGCCGAUUUUUCCUGUGUAUUUUAUCCAGACUGAAUCUGUUCAUGACUUUAGUUGAGUGUGACCAGGUUAAGCUGCUUUGGAAAUAUCAGUGAAGAAUGAAUGCGAGGUAUUGGCCUGGAUAUCAGAGAAGCAUGUGAUUUUUAGCACUUUUUAGACUUUGAUAGUGGCUCCACUCAUGUUGUACUUGAAACAGGAUGUUUUAAUAUGUGAUAUUUUUAUUUCUAGUGAAUUUAUAGUUCAUGCCUCCAGUUAUUAUUCAACAGCUGCUGUCACUUUUACUGAACUGACGGGAGAGGCGAUCAGUUCUGCAUGUCUGUGAAAAUAUCAUUUAUAUGACGUGUUAUGAGAAAAGUGUUUUAUAGAUAUCACCUCUGAUGUAUGUUUGAAAUGUUCCUGGUCUAAGCACACCUUUAAGCCUUUUUAGUCAAAGAUGUAUCCGUUUAAUACAGAAAAAUGUGUGCCUGCAUGCAUGGUUUUUUAUAUAUAACUAGCCUGUUAAGUUUUGUUGCUUUGAUUUUGUGUGUUGUUCAUUAGUGAUCGAUGACAUGUAAUUAUUUGGACACUUAAAUCACAUUGAAUGUCAUUGUAAAGUCAGUACAAGUGUAGCUCAUUAACUAUCAACAUGUUCCAACGCUUGACGAACACAAAGUGACACAAUACUGUACUUUUUAUCUUCAUUUUCAACACUGUAUCUCUUGUUUUAUCAAUUCAAAACCUAACAAAUGUGAAAUGUUUGGCUUGCAAAGGGUGCUCGUGCUAUCGUUCCUUAAAAUAAUUAUUAUUUUUUGGUUAUCUAUUGCAUUGACGCUCAGACAUGUAAAGUGUGCCUUAAGUGUAUUCUUUUUGUGGACACUAUAUGUGAUGUAGGCUAAUAAAAUUUAAUUCUAGCUGUUGAGAUGUACACAGACGCUGAAAUGUAAUUGACUUUUUUUUUUUUUUUUUACACACAAUAUUUACUGAAGGGCCUGGGUAGCUCAGCAAGUAUUGACGCUGACUAUCACACCUGGAGUCGUGAGUUCGAAUCAAGGGUGUGCUGAGUGACUUCAGGCUUCCUAAGCAACCAAAUUGGCCCGGUUGCUAGGAAGGGUAGAGUCACAUUGGGUAACCUCCACAUGGUCACUAUAAUGUGGUUCUCGCUCUCAGUGGGGUGUGUGGUAAGUUGUGCGUGGAUGCCGCGGAGAAUAGCGUGAGCCUCCACACGCGCUACGUCUCCGCGGUAACGCGCUCAACAAGCCACGUGAUAAGAUGCACGGAUUGGCGGUCUCAGACACGGAGGCGUGUCACUAUGCCACCACGAGGACUUAGAGCGCAUUGGGAAUUGGGCGAUUAUUUUUUUUGUGGAUUUUUUCCCAUUUUUUCCCAUUUUAGCGUCGUGACUCGCCUCAAUCCGGGUGGCGGAGGACGAAUCUCAGUUGCCUCCGCGUCUGAGAACGUCAAUCCGCACAUCUUACCAUGUGGCUUUUUGAGCGCGUUACCGCGGAGACGUAGCAUGUGUGGAGGCUUCACGCUAUUCUCCGCGGCAUCCACGCCCAACUCUCUACGUGCCCCACCGAGAACAAACCACAUUAUAGUGACCACGAGGAGGUUACCCCAUGUGACUCUACCCUCCCUAGCAACUGGGCCAAUUUAGUUGCUUAGGAGACCCGGCUGGAGUCACUCAGCACGCCCUGGAUUCGAACUCACGACUCCAGGUGUGGUAGCCAAAAUCUUUACCACUGAGCUCCCAAGGCCCCCAGAAAAAACAUUAUUUAAAAGUAGAAAAGUAAGCUCAAAGAGGCACAGUUUUUGGCAGAUGCCUAGAAUAUCAAAAUAUUGGCCGAUUUAUCCAUUGAUUACUUGUGUUCACGAUACAGUGUCCUGCGAUUUCAAAGUAUUCAGAGGAUGUGCUUUUCCUCAUUAUUCAUGCUGUUGAGUUUUGGAAGUAAUGCUGCAUAUCCAUGUGACAAAACACUCUGUAAGAGAUUAUUAUUUGUUUUGUGUGUUUUUGUGUUUGCAUAUACGCUGUGAAACAUUAAAUGCCUUUUUAACUCAA